AUGAUGGAUGUGCCUGCCGAGCAUAGCAGCGGCGGCGGAGCCCCAGCCGCCACCACGUUCCUCCUGCUCUCCGGCAAGUCCGCCCAGGACCAGCAGCUCCUCGCCUCCGCCGCCGGCGAGCUCUCUCUGGCGGAGGAGGGCGGGGGCGAGCUCGCCGUCUCCCUCGCGCUCGACGCCAGCGGGGACGCGGGCUACGAUGCGGCCGCCUACAUGGGCGCGCUCCAGGUGCGGCGCUUCGGGAGGUGGAUGCGUUGGUCGCCGCGGAUGGCAUCCACGGACGACCUCGUGAUACAGAACUUCGCCAAACUUCCGGUAGGCGUCGUGUGCGCCACAUACAUGCAGUUCAAAGGCAGAGGGAACUACGGCGGGCUUAUGCUUACUGAACUAUAUUCGAAACUAUCAGAGUGUAUAGCAGAUUAG